AUGGUGUAUCAUCCCCCGGUCGCUCGAUACAAUACGUCCGUAAAGGACAGCUUUGCGUAUGAUACAGCCGUGCGCCGUUGGCCUGCCAUCCUAACGCAGGUCGUCGAUGCGAUGUAUCGCGAAUGCCACCGCCGCUCGCAGAACAAUGUGAGCGAAGAGGUUGACGAAGGCAAGGCGAUCAUUGAGAAGAUCUCGGAGCUCAAGUACGAGCUGACGCACGACCGAGCGCUGAGCACGCUAGAAGUGACAAAGGAGAAUGCAGCGCAACUCUCGAGUGGAUUCCGCGCGCCGACUACCGAAGCAUACGACCAGGUGAUUCGCGACGAGCAGCCCAAGUGGUUCCAGUCGGAAUGGCUCUUUGCCGAGUGUUAUCUGUACCGGCGCCUGCGCCUCCUCUUUGAAAGGUCCAAGCAUUGGAAGAGCUACGACCCGUUUGCAGAGAACAAGGUUGACACGUUUCGUGCUUCGGGCGCGGGCAUCCACGCGUGCGCGGUGCUCAUCGAGGAGCUCAUGGCCAAGAGCCCGACACACUCGGCGCACGACCCUGCCGUCCAGGUCCUCUUUGACGAACUGAUGGCAUCGUCGCUCUGGGGCAAUGCCACUGACCUGAGCCUGCUCACGAAUCUGAGCUACGCCGAUAUCCAGAAACUACAGGCGGCCAACGCUGAGCAGCGCAAGGAGAAGGAGCAAUAUGUCCUUGUGAACCAGCUUGAUGAGGCGUACGACGCAGUCCGUGCAAUGGACAAUGGCCGCAUCGACAUUGUCCUCGACAAUGCAGGCUUCGAGCUGGUUACCGAUAUGCUGCUUGCCGACUGGCUCCUGACGCUGCGCGGAACGAUCCCGCGUGCAUCCGAAGAACGUGCAAAGGAUGUACAGGCACGCCUUGCUUCGGUUCGCGCCCGCGUAUCGGAGGCGACCAAGGCAGCGUCGCGCACAUCGGAGCCGCGCCUGCUUGCCGUAUCGAAGCUGCAGCCGCCCUCGGAUAUCAUGGCUGCUUUUGACGCUGGGCAGCGCCACUUUGGUGAGAACUACGCCCAGGAGCUCGUGGACAAAGCCCGUGUGCUUCCGCAGAGUAUCAAGUGGCACCUGGUCGGUGGCCUACAGAGCAACAAAGCCAAGAUCCUAGGAGCGGUUCCCAAUCUCUACGCCGUGGAGUCGGUGGACUCGGAGAAGCUUGCGACGAACCUUGAAAAGGCACUCGCUCGCCCGGAGAACGAGCUGCGCCGCACCUAUCCCCUGCACGUCUACCUGCAAGUUAACACGAGUGGCGAAGAAGGCAAGAGUGGCGUGCCUGCACUGACCUCGCCAUGGGACGGCUCGGGUGACGUGCCGCCGCUUGUGGCGCUUGCGCGCCAUGUUCUGCUCAGCUGUCCUCAUCUGCGCCUCACUGGUCUGAUGACUAUCGGCGCGCUGUCCAACAGCACGGCUUCCGCGACCGACAAGCAAAACCCUGACUUUGAGGCGCUUGUCGCUUCGCGCACGCACCUGCUUGACUCGCUGCGCUCGGACCAAUCGCUGCACGAACGCCUCGAGAAGGCCGAGUGGUGGACGCCGUCCGGCCCUGCGUCGGGCGUGUAUGCCUCGCUCUUUUUUGAGGCACCCGAUGCGCUCGAGCUGAGCAUGGGCAUGUCGGCGGACCUAGAGUCGGCCGUGGCUCAUGGCAGCGCACACGUCCGUAUUGGCAACGACUGUUUCGGUCCUCGGACCAACACGCACGAUGCGGCCCAAGUGCGCGAAGCCGAGAUCAAGCGCUUUGCCGAUGUCCCCCUCGUGAAGCAGGUCGUCUUUCACACAAAGAACAUGCCGUGGUUUGUGAGCGACACGUGCGUGCCGGACGUCUGGUACACCCUCGAGAAGCUCCAGGACCCUGCCUUUUUUGCAGAGGCGAAGCUGCCCUCGACGAAGCCCAUCGAGGCGAUGGCCGCGCGUUGGGCCGCACACUUUGCUGACGGCUCGUUCCAUCUGCAGAUGCCGCACGAUGCGCCGCUGGGCUCCGACGCGGGCGACCUCUCCAACUUUUGGACUGCGCCGGCGAGCUUUGGUGCUCUGCCGCAAGACGCACCUGCACUCCUCGCCGAACUGCAAAAGUCGGGACUGGUGAUCUUUAAAGGCGACUUGGAUGCCGAAUGGCCGGCCGACACGCCAUUUACUACCGCGCUUGGACCUCUUGCCGGCGAGAUCCCGCUCCUCGCACUCCGCACCUGCAAGGCGGAGUCCGCUGCUCCGGUGAACCCCACUGCUGCUCGCCACGAGCAGGCGCAGUCGAUCCGCGUCCAGUCGGACCGCAUCGACUACUCGCCUGAGCACAUCACUGCUCAGUACGAGUACCAGAACACCCACGUCGAGCGCAAGGCCGGCGCCAACGGUGCCGAGGAGUACGUUGCUACUCCCUACAAGCAGGAGUUCAACUUCCGCACCGAGCGUCGCGUCCCCAAGACUGGUAUGCUCCUCGUCGGUCUCGGUGGCAACAACGGUACCACGAUUACGGCCACCAUCCUUGCCAACCGUCACAACAUCCAGUGGCGCAACAAGGAGGGCCUGCAGACGCCGAACUACUACGGCUCGCUCGUCCGUGCUUCGACGCUUCGCCUGGGUACCGACCCUGCCACUGGCAAGGACGUCUGGGUGCCGUUCAGCAACGUGCUCCCCAUGGUCCACCCCAACGACUUUGUUGUUGGCGGCUGGGACAUUAGCGGCCUGCCCCUCGACAAGGCCAUGGAGCGUGCCCAGGUCCUCGACUACGACCUGCAGCGCCAGGUCCAGCCUCUGAUGGCCGAGAUCAAGCCCAUGGCGUCGGUUUACUACCCCGACUUUAUCGCCUCGAACCAGGAGGAGCGUGCUGACAACGUCAUCCCCGGCUCGGACAAGAAGGCGCACGUCGAGCAGCUCCGCAAGGACAUUCGCGACUUCAAGUCGCAGAACCAGCUCGACCAGGUUGUUGUGGUCUGGACCGCCAACACCGAGCGCUACUCGGAGAUUGUCCCUGGUGUCAACGAUACGGCCGACAACCUGCUCCGCGCCGUGGAGCAGAGCCAUGAGGAGGUCUCUCCCUCGACCAUCUUCGCCAUUGCGUGUAUCCUGGAGAACGCUCCGUACAUCAACGGUGCGCCCCAGAACACCUUUGUGCCGGGUGCGGUUGAGCUAGCCGAGCGCCACAAGGCCUUCAUCGGCGGUGACGACCUCAAGACCGGCCAGACCAAGGUCAAGAGUGUCCUUGCCGAGUACCUCGUCAAUGCGGGUAUCAAGCCUCUGUCGAUUGCCAGCUACAACCACCUGGGUAACAACGACGGCUACAACCUGAGCUCCCAGCGCCAGUUCCGCAGCAAGGAGAUCAGCAAGUCGAGCGUCGUGGAUGACAUGUGCGAGGCCAACCACCUGCUGUACAAGCCCGGCAAGACUGAGGGCAAGGAGGUCACCGUCAAGGGUGAGCGCCCCGACCACUGCAUCGUCAUCAAGUACAUCCCGGCUGUCGGUGACCAGAAGGUGGCCAUGGACGACUACACCAGCGAGCUCUGCAUGGGCGGCCGCAACCGUCUGUACGUUACCAACCUGUGCGAGGACUCGCUGCUUGCUUCGCCUCUGCUCAUCGACCUCGCUGUGCUCGCGGAGCUCAUGACGCGUAUCACCUACCGCGUUCCCGGCGAGGCCGACCAGGAGUGGAAGUCGAUGUACUCGGUACUCUCGCUCCUCUCGUACUCGCUCAAGGCCCCGCUUGUCAAGCCGGGCACGGACGUGGUGAACAGCCUGAACCGCCAGCGUGCCGCUGUCACCAACUUCCUUCGCGCCUGUCUGUCGCUGGCCCCCGAGAGCGACCUGCUCCUCGAGACCCGUGUGUGGUAA